AUGCCUUCCCGCAAACCCAGCAAGUACGGGAACAAGUUCCGAUCCAACACUUCCUCCGCAAAGCCACGACGAACAAAAACGGUCGAAUUCGCCUCCCUACGGUCCACCGAAGCAACCUCCCAAGAUGAGAAAUUCGAGGCCAUUCGAUUGACCAACAGCAUCGAUGAAAACCUCGGUUUCCCGCGGUUUGAGUCCGGCGAGACGAGGACUGGGUGGCUCAUCAACAUGCAUAGCACGAGCAUAGAGGACCCCAAUGUACCCGGUGGUCGUGCCGGUGUCGACUACUACUUUCUCCAAGAUGACGGAGGGAGCUUCAAGGCGACGGUGGAAUAUGACCCAUACUUCCUCAUUGCGGUCAAGAAAAACAACGAAAUUGAGGUGGAAGAAUGGUGUCGGCGGUCGUUCGAGGGCUCUAUCAAGAAAUUUACGCGACUAGAGAAGGAAGACCUGAAUCUUCCGAACCACCUUCUCGGUCACCGGAGGACUUUUAUCAAACUGAGUUUCGCCAACGUGAGCGACCUCCUUGAGGUCCGAAGGACACUUCUGCCUUUAGCAGAGAAGAACAAGAAGAAUGCGAAUCUGAUGGACACCUACGCCGAGGUUACCAGUACGACUGCUGGCUUCGAUCUUUUUGAUGACGAAAUAAUUAAUGAGCAACGACCUAAUGGCAACAUGCAAGCGAGUGAUUUUAUUGUUGAUAUUAGAGAAUACGACGUCCCAUACCAUGUUCGAGUGUCAAUUGAUAAGGACAUUCGCAUUGGGAAGUGGUACGACGUCAAGGCAAAGCAUGGCGUGAUAUCUUUGACCUGCCUUGAAGAACGACUUCAGCGAGCCGAUCCUGUCGUUCUUGCGUUUGAUAUUGAGACCACGAAACUACCUCUCAAGUUUCCAGAUGCUGUGAUUGAUCAGAUCAUGAUGAUCUCGUAUAUGAUUGAUGGGCAAGGGUUUCUGAUCACCAACCGAGAGAUUGUGUCUGAGGACAUCAGCGAUUUCGAGUACACCCCCAAACCGGAGUACAAUGGUCCUUUUGUGAUCUUCAACGAACCUGAUGAGAGAGCAGUGCUGGAACGGUUCUUUGAACACAUCAAGAUCGCCAAACCCACCGUCAUUGCCACAUACAACGGUGACUUCUUCGAUUGGCCGUUUGUCGAGGCAAGAGCCAGUGUUCAGGGAAUCGACAUGUACUUGGAGAUCGGCUUUAGGAAGAACAGCGAGGACAUCUACCAAAGCGGCAAUUGUGUCCACAUGGAUUGUUUCGCAUGGGUCAACCGUGACAGUUAUCUUCCUCAAGGAAGUCGUGGUUUGAAAGCCGUGACUGUUGCAAAGCUUGGCUACGACCCAGAUGAGCUUGACCCCGAGCUGAUGACACCAUACGCGAGCGAGCGGCCCCAGACUCUGGCUGAGUACUCUGUUUCUGACGCCGUCGCCACAUAUUACCUGUACAUGAAAUAUGUCCAUCCCUUCAUCUUCUCGCUUUGUACGAUCAUUCCCCUCAACCCAGACGACACAUUGCGAAAGGGAACCGGAACCUUGUGUGAGAUGCUGCUCAUGGUGCAAGCGUAUGAGCACGACAUAAUUCUGCCCAACAAACACAAGGAUCCAACGGAGGCGUUUUACGAAGGUCAUCUCCUUGAGUCAGAAACCUACGUGGGUGGACACGUGGAAAGUAUUGAGGCUGGUGUCUUUCGAAGCGACAUCCCUGUCCCUUUCUCUGUUGAUCCCACUGCGAUCGAUGAGCUUCUCAGAGACUUGGACCACGCUCUCAAGUUCAGCAUUGAGGUCGAAGAAAAGAAAUCCCUCGACGACGUUGCGAACUACGAAGAGGUCAAAGGGCAGAUUGCAAAACUUCUGCUUGAUCUGAGGAACAACCCGAACCGGGAUGAGGUGCCAUUCAUCUACCACUUGGAUGUCGCUUCCAUGUAUCCCAACAUCAUGAUCACCAAUCGAUUGCAGCCAGACUCGAUGAUUGAAGAGUCGAACUGUGCCGCCUGCGACUUCAAUCGACCCGGCAAAACUUGUGACAGGCGGAUGCCCUGGGCCUGGCGAGGUGAAUUCCUGCCAGCAAAGCGCGAUGAGUACAACAUGAUCCGACGUGCAACGACCAACGAACGCUUUCCAAGCCGAACCAAGACUGGUCCGAUGCGGUCAUUUGGUGAUUUGAGCAUUGAAGAACAGGCCGGAGUGGUGAAGAAGCGGCUGCAAGAUUACAGCAAAAAGAUCUACCACAAGAUUCACGACAGCAAGACGAUGGAGCGAGAGGCUAUCAUCUGCCAACGAGAGAAUCCCUUCUAUGUCGAUACUGUCCGCAGUUUUCGUGAUCGAAGAUAUGAUUUCAAGGGCAAGCAGAAGGUCUGGAAAAACAAGACUGAUUCGCUGCAAUCAUCCGGCGCUUCGGCGGCUGAGAUCGACGAGGCAAAGAAGAUGAUCGUCCUUUUCGAUUCCCUGCAACUUGCACACAAGGUCAUUCUCAACAGUUUCUAUGGUUACGUGAUGCGAAAGGGCUCUCGUUGGUAUUCGAUGGAAAUGGCUGGCGUCACCUGUCUGACAGGCGCCCACAUUAUCCAAAUGGCAAGAGAGCUUGUUGAUCGUAUUGGCCGUCCCCUGGAACUGGACACUGAUGGUAUCUGGUGUAUGCUUCCCGGCACAUUUCCCGAAAACUUCUCUUUCACCUUGAAGAAUGGAAAGAAGCUGGGGAUCUCGUACCCUUGUGUCAUGCUCAACCACCUCGUCCACGGAAAGUACACAAAUCACCAGUACCAGGCACUUGUCGACCAGUCCACCUUCAAGUAUGAGACACACAGCGAGAACUCUAUUUUCUUUGAAGUCGACGGGCCCUACAGGGCAAUGAUUCUCCCAACGUCCAAGGAAGAAGACAAGAACCUCAAGAAACGAUAUGCGGUUUUUAACCACGACGGAUCUCUGGCUGAACUCAAGGGAUUUGAAGUCAAGCGAAGAGGAGAGCUGAAAUUGAUCAAAAUCUUCCAGACUCAAAUCUUCAAGUUCUUCUUGGAAGGCACCAAUUUGGCCGAGACAUAUGCCGCCGUGGCUCGAGUGGCAGACCGGUGGCUGGAUGUGCUUUAUGAGCAUGGCGCCACCCUAGCCGACGAGGAGCUGAUCGAUCUCAUUUCGGAGAAUCGGAGUAUGACGAAGACCCUUGAGGAAUAUGGAAACCAAAAGUCAACCUCCAUUACCACUGCCAGGCGCCUGGCAGAGUUCUUGGGCGAGCAGAUGGUCAAGGACAAGGGUCUCAACUGCAAAUACAUCAUCUCAUCCAGACCGAGAAACACUCCUGUCACCGAAAGAGCCAUUCCAGUGACUAUUUUCUCAGCGGAAGAAAAUGUCAAGCGGUUCUUUUUGCGCAAAUGGUUGAAGGAUGACCCGGCUGACAUGGAUCCUCGGACUGUCAUCGAUUGGGACUACUACCUGGAGCGUCUAGGGUCGGUAGUGCAGAAGCUGAUCACCAUUCCAGCUGCACUUCAGAAACUUCGCAACCCCGUGCCCCGGGUUGCGCACCCAGAUUGGUUACAGCGACGCAUCAACUCGAAGGAUGAUAAGUUCCGGCAGAAGAAGAUGACGGACAUGUUUGGAAAAUGGGACAAGGCGCCGCUAUCUUCAAUAUCCACCAACAUCUUGGACCACCGUGUCCAGCAUGCUGGCGACAUGGAUGAAGUCAUUGCGAGCUCGACUCAGAAGCUCAAAUCAUCCCCCAACAACAAGGUGUCUCAAAAGAGAAAGCACCCCGAGAGUGCACCGAAAACAGCACUUGACCCGUUUGCCAGUCUCCCCGCGAUCAUGCCAUCCAUUUCAAAAGACUAUCAAGGUUUCCUGAAGUACCAGAAGCAAAAGUGGAAGAUCCAGAAACAAGCACGGGUUCGCCGCCGCCAGCUGUUCGGCGAACGACCAAACGCUGCGUCAGACUCCUUGAGUAACUUCUUCCGCAACCAAGCACAGAUGUUGUACAUCAGUACUUGGCAGGUUCUGCAGCUUUGUGAAACAGGUCGGCCAGGGAUUGUGCGAGCUUUUGUAUUAAUUGACCAGAAGAUCCACGCUCUGAAUGUCAAGGUUCCGAGGCAGUUCUUUGUGAAUAUGAAGCGAGAUUCACUUCCUGAUAUUGAGGUGCCGGACUGCGAAGUCGAGAAGGUCAACCACACUCUGCCCAAUGGCCACCCCUCGGUUCACCUCUUCAAGAUGUCUUUGUCUGAGGACAAGUUUCUAGAAGAGACCGACAAGAUGGAUGUCCUCUUUCAGCAUCCUAGCGUCGAGGGUGUUUACGAGCGACAUAUCCCUUUAAGUGUUCGCGCCGUGCUCAAGCUUGGAAGCCACUGUACCUUUGACGAAGAGCAGCGUGGUGUUCUCGGAGAAGGGUUGGAACGAGGGUUUGACCUCUCAUCGUUGCUCCAUACUUCGUCUGACAAGCCAUAUCUGAUGGAUUCGUCUCUGGCAUACCACUACCUGUACCAUGUUGUCUCUGGUGAUCGACAGGUCUUUGCCCUCUUCUCAACAACAAAGAGUGAGGCACAUAUCGUCAUUCUCAACCGUACGAGGGAUGUUCAGGGUCUUCCGAACGUUGACAAGGUCUACUCUGAGCUCCUUACACGAAAGCUGCAGGCCACGGCUGGCGACGAGUCGCAGAAUGCAUUCGAAUACCAAGAAAAGAUCCAUUUCAAGACUACCCAGGUGAUGACUCGAAGAAAGGCUCACCUCGAAGUGGGUGAUUUGGCCCGGAAGCUUCGCAGCGAUGAAAGUCAGCCUGCCAUUCUCGUCAUCCAAUCCCAACAAAAAGACCGCCUGUGCCACGACAUCCCGAUCUUGAAAGAGUAUCCGAUUUUGUCCGUGAAGCCCGAAGUAUCAGAUAUGGAUCUCCCCCCUCUUGGUUGGCAGUCGUUCAUCGCAAAGCGCCUCGUUACACACUACCUGUAUUUGGCUGCAUGGAUCCAACACUUGACUCUGCUUGCACGGUAUGGCGACGUCCCUCUUUGCAACUUGGAGAACGACGACCCGCGUUAUCUCAUCGAUAUGUCGUAUGCAAGACGGCUCCAACAAAGCAAUGUGGUUUUGUGGUGGUCCGGGGGACCUCGGCCAGACCACGCGGGAUACGAAAAGGAUGACAUUGUCGGUCCGUUAGAGAAGGUCAACAUGCCAUCAGUGAAUGCGCCGAGUGCAUAUUCGACGGUGUGCAUCGAGUUGGAUGUUCGCAACCUCGCCAUCAACACAAUUCUCACUUCAUCCAUCAUCAACGAAAUGGAGGGGAGCGAUACGCUUCUAGCACCCUCCGGAGAUGGAGCGGAAGAUACGGGUGUUCUCUACUCCGAGAAAGCAUUUGCAUCCGCCGGUGCCGUCGUUUUGAGAGAGAUGGUCAAACACUGGUGGACGGAGGCAUGUGCCGGCAACAGCAUGGCCGAUAUCAUGGUCCAGCACUUGAUUCGAUGGGUGGAGAGCCCCGUGUCGUGUCUCUAUGACCGUUCUCUUCACAAUUAUGUGCGAUUACUGUCACGGAAGUCCUUCCAAAGGCUUAUGGCGGAGUUUAGACGUGUUGGGUCGAAUGUCAUAUUUGCCAGCUCGACGCGGCUCCUGCUUCAGACGACAAAGACGGAGGUUGGGAACGCUUAUGCCUACAGCCAAUAUGUCCUGAAGUCGAUCCGGGCCAACCCAUCCUUCCAUUUCAUCGACCUGGAGAUCAAAGAGUAUUGGGACUACCUUGUGUGGUAUGACGAAUAUAAUUACGGUGGCAGGGGCUGCCGGGAAGUCAUCGAGGCCGACCACCAAGAGCUUGAAACCGUCAUGCAUUGGCAGCUGAGUCGGUUCCUACCGAUGCCAAUGCAAACGAUCUUCCACGACUGGGUGGUCGAGUACAUUGAGCUGAUGCACAGCUUGAAACGGCCCGAUCUUCCAGACAGAGAUCUUUCGUUGACGCCCCGUCUCACGCAGAUUCCCCUGCGUGGCGGCGAAGGCGACAAUGAUGAGAUCACUGCGGUGCUCGCAGACCGGUUCUCCAAGCCAUUAAAGAAGCAGAUCUCAGGUCUGAUCCGACGGCAGCGAGAUGAGAUGCUCCACCCGGAGCUCGUCUCUGACUACACCUUCCCCGUUUUGCCGGGGGUGCUGGUUAAUCCCAAGGACGAUAAACGCAACCCAGCGCUGGAGCUGGUGAAGCUUCUCAUGCAAGUGCUGAGUCUUUCCAAGACCACGACACUGGAAUCACGAUUACUGCGCCGAGAACUGCUAGCCCUGUUCGAGGUGCGCGAAUUCAGCAAGGAGGGCCGAUUCGAGAACCCCAGUGCCAGUCUGAAACUGCCUGAACUGACCUGCAAUGCCUGCUGCCUGAUCCGAGACCUUGAUCUCUGCCGAGACGAAGACGUGCUCCCAGAUCCCGGCUCAGACACUAGCAAAACACCCAAGCCGUGGCGCUGCCCCUUCUGCGAGACUGAAUACGAUCGUUUGGCGCAGGAGGAGUUCCUUAUUGGUCAAGUGCAUGGCCUGGUGGUUGAAUGGCAGACGCAGGAUCUGAAAUGUUCCAAGUGCGGUGGCCUUAAGGUCAGUGACUUCAUGGAGCAUUGCUCGUGCAGCGGCACCUGGGUUGCGACCGUCGAUCUCAAGGAGGCGGAGAAGAAACUACGAGUGCUGGAGAGUGCAGCCAAGUUCCAUGGCCUACAGCUGCUCGAGAAUAUCGUCGGGGAUGUGCUGGCCCGAAUUUAA